AUGCACUUUGGAGCAACAACGACACAACGUGUCGAAGGUUCGCAUUCAGCAUUAAAGCAUGCUCUUGAAACUUCUGGAAGUUUGACAAAGGCCUUUAAUAGUUUAGAUAGAUGGCUACAUUUACAUUGUGAGGAGAGUUCUUUGCAAAAAGAAAAUGAAAGUAUUGGCAUUGAUCCCUUAUUAGUGCAUAAUGAUAAGAAUCGAUUGGCACCACUCUUAGGAAAAGUAGCUCAAUUUGCCUUAAAUAAAAUUAAGAAUGAACUUCUUAAAACAACAACAUAUACGGUCUGUUUAUGUAAUCUAUGCGUUAAUUAUAAUAUACCCUGCAAACAUAUACUUCCAGCAAAAGGUUCUGUGAUGCUUUCUACAAUUCCAGAAAGAUGGUUAUUAUUCCCUGAUCAAGAUCAGCUCGAUCCUAAUAGUCAAGUACAAAAUUUAACUGACCUAGCUUUGUCUAACUCUGAUAAGUUUUCCUCGCUUAAGUCUUGCCUAUACGAAAUUGAAUCUCGAUACGUAGAAUUUCCAGAUGAACAACAGAAAUCGGCUCUUUUGGAAAAACUUGAUGAGGUUUUAGUGGUUCCUGUGACUAAUAUUUCUGAUGUAAAAGCUCCUGAAAAAAUUGUGGGAAAGGGCCGUCCUUCUGGAACAAAACGGCCAAAAAUCUUAAUAAGUCCUCGAAUUCCCAUUAACGAUAUUGACCAAAUUUAUGAUCCAAAAAGCGAUGGUAAUUGUGGGUUCCGAUCACUUGCGGUUGCUAUUAGAGAAAAUGAGGAGAAUUGGAUUCUUGUUAAGUUAGCUAUGAGUGGUCAAUUAACUAGACGCAUGGAGAUUUACAAAGAUUGGCUGGGAUAUAAUACUGAUUUAAUCAGUCAGAUAUUGGAAUGCAGAGCAUCACUCUGCUCACCUUCUCUUUGGUUUCUAUCUCCCGAUUGUGCGCAAUUGGCCGCUGACACAUUCUCUGUUCCUAUUGCUAUUUUCGAUGAGUUAAAUAGGCAGA